AUGGCUGUCUGUCCUCUGAGUCAGGUGGAAGAAAAGCCCACUACAACAGUGAGAAGACACUCACAAAUAUCCAGUAUUAAUACUACAAUUAAAAUCAAGAUGAAUGGCCACUUAAAGCCAUUCGAGUGCACCGAAUGUCAAAAGAAGUUCAGUACAUCUUCCGGGUUGCGUGUUCAUAUACGAACCCAUACAGGAGAAAAGCCGUUCGAGUGCACCGAAUGCCAAAAGAAAUUCCCUUCAUCUUCCAAGUUGUGGGUUCAUAUACGAACCCAUACAGGAGAAAAGCCAUUUGAGUGCGCCGUGUGUCAAAAGAAGUUCCGUACAUCUUCCAAUCUUCGGGAACAUCUACGAAACCAUACAGGAGAAAAGCCAUUUGAAUGCACCGUAUGUCAAAAGAAGUUCCGUACAUCUUCCGAUCUCCGGGCACAUCAACGAACCCAUACUGGGGAAAAGCCUUUUGAGUGCACCGAAUGCCAAAAGAAGUUCAGCACAUCUUCCGGGUUGCGGGUUCAUGUACGAACCCAUACAGGAGAAAAGCAGUUCGAGUGCACCGUAUGCGAAAAUAAGUUCUGCUUAUCCGCCUCCGCUUUUGAGUGCACCGAAUGCCAAAAGAAGUUCAGCACAUCUUCCGGGUUGCGGGUUCAUGUACGAACCCAUACAGGAGAAAAGCAGUUCGAGUGCACCGUAUGCGAAAAUAAGUUCUGCUUAUCCGCCUCCGACUUGCGGAUUCAUCUACGGAUUCAUACGGAAGAAAAGCCGUUUGAAUGCACCGAAUGCCAAAAGAAGUUUCGGACAUCUUCCAGGUUGUGGGUUCAUGUACGAACCCAUACAGGAGAAAAGCCAUUUGAAUGCACCGUGUGUCAAAAGAAGUUAAGCACAUCCUCCGAAGCCAUUUGA